AUGGCAUGCUGCCGCCGCGUGGGCGACCGCCGCCCGGCGAUCAUGGCGCCGCAGCGCAUCAGCAUCGGCACGGGCACACUGGCGAGGCAGGCGAACGUCUCAGAGAGCAGGGCGGCGCUGCUGCGCACGGUGGGCACAGCGGCGGGAUGCAAGGUGAUAUCCGUCCAGCGCCUGCGUGGCCAGCCCACGCGCCCGCCGCCCCGCCGUAUACAAUGUCCGACGGACGCGAACAGCAGCAUCAACCAAGGCGAAUGCCGACAAACGACGCGCUCGGGUGCCGAGCUGGACUUCUGCCUCGCUUGGUGA